AUGGCAUACACACCCUGGAUCACCCUACCGCCAGAGUGGAAGCUUCAAGACGUGCAAGCCGCGCUCAAUGUCAUUAUCGCUUUCUUGUGCGCUGCCAGCGUCUUUGUGCUGGUGCGUCACUUCUGGCUACUUGCGGCACGAAAAGUCGCAAGGCAAAAAGACAUCCCAGCACAUGCCCUUCUCAGCCUGAACACCAUCGGAGAGGCUAUCGAUGUUAUCUGGCUGUUACGACAUGAGAUCUUGACGAGUCGAUAUCGCAGUCUGUUGUUUCAGUGCGUCUUCGUGCUGGUGUUGACACUUUGCACUUUAGCAUCAGGAUGGCUCGCUCGAUUCUCUACUCGGAGUGUGUUGACUAUUGUGCCGCGACAAGUCGAAGGAAGUCUUGCUAUGCGAGAUACCUUUAGUCUACUAUACGACAUUCUCGACAUUAGCGAGACUUUCAAAGCUCUUGAAAAGGCCAAUUUUCCUCAACACAAACUGGCCGAGUUCUGGCCGAACCCUGUCAGUAACUGGCAAUACAACAAUGAGCAAUGGAACAGCAGCUGGCAUAUGGAGUGUGUAUACAAUGAGUCAGUACCUGUUCCUGACACGAGGAUCGUCACAAGUGACUGUACAGAUGGUGUGUGGGGACAGUGGCCUCUGAUAUACAACAACUGGCGGGACUGGAAAACCGAAGACUCUGACUAUGCUUACUAUACUAACGACGGGAUCACUUGGUCUGAGACCAAAGACACAGUCAAAGACGUACUUUUGUUCGCACAUGGUCUCGAAAUCCCAAAGUACGAACUCCGGGACAACAUAAACGUCACCAGCUUCAUGCGAAUGCGUACUGUCGCAAUUCACUUACAAGGCGUGCCUCGAAAUUCCAGCUUCGACGACGGACUUACGAGCUGCGAAUGGAGCAAAGGACCAAUCCAAGCAGCAUCCUACACUAGCGCAACGUGUGAACUAAAAAGAGACCUUGAUUUGCGCACCGGCCACGACCUAGACACAUGGGGAGCAAGUCCCGACAUCAGCUCUCUCGACCGCGUAGCAGCAGCCUACACCCAAUUCUACGCCGGCAGAAUGCGCAGAGAAUCCGCCGCCAACGCUCCUCUAACCCCAAUCACAGGCCGCGAGCUCGUGACCUUCUACCAAGCCUACCAAGUCGUCAAAGACACAGCCGGCACGAUCUACUACAACGUCACUGACAAGGAGAAACCAAAGACUGUCCGCACGAUCGACGUGCAAGUCCGUGCCGCUCAAGUAUCCAUGACGUGUCUCAUCGUCUGCGCCGUAAUGACUCUGACCGUCCUCGUUGGAAUAACAAACUACUGGCUCUUCCUCCUCUGCAACCUCAAACGUCUCGAGAAAACACCCCAGAGUAAACUCGACUGGAUGCUGCAGACCCUCAAGACCGAGAACGAAUCUCCCAGGACAAAAGCUCGGCAUAAACUGCGCACAUCGAUUUCGUCUAGUGAUCAGCUCUUUUCAGAUAUCACACCACUGACGAAACUUGACCAGGAUCAACACCAACAAUACAGAUCAAAAAGCCUGACUUCAUCCAUCACAACACGCGAAGUAAUCGAACCCGACGAGAUCAUCUACAGUACACCAGGAUCCCAUUCUGAUUUCUCUCAGCAAGUUACCCCAUCUCCUCCCAGCCAGCCGUUCUGGUCCCCGUUUCAGCCUUCAUAUCACCAGGCUCAAGGUGAUUAUGGUCUUGGUAUCAGUGGCCGACAUGGGUAUAGUAAAAUCACGUCGCCGCCUGGACCGUAUCAUUAUUCGUCUCAAUGGGAUACGACGUACGAUCCAGGUAGACGGUAG